CACCACCGGACAAUCUGCGAAAGACUUUGACAUGUACCUCAUGAACCGGUGACAAUGUCGAAACAAUACCUGACGACACACACGGUCGACGAUGCUCAUGUCACCGAUAUUUUCUCGCUCGCAGUGACUCCCACCCAGGUUCUUUCUGCUUCCGGUGCUUCCUCCAUCAAAAUCUAUUCCACGACGUCCCCAGACAUGCCUCUAGAGCAGACCUUGACCGGAGCACAUAAGCUCGGUUGCCACCACAUUGUGACUUCACGCAACGGACAUGUCGCCGCGAGCGCAGGCUUCGGAGGUGAAGUUAAGAUAUGGAGAAUCUCUGAAGCAGGGGAGUGGGCGGAAGAUGGCAAGAUCGUGGAUGGAAACAAUGCUGGGGAAAUAUGGGCAAUUGCUCUGAGUGAGGACGGACAGUUUCUUGCCAGCACAACCUAUGAUGGCAGAAUCAACGUCUGGGACGUGGUCGACGGAAGGAAGAAGAUCAGAGAAUAUGAGACGAAGGGAAGCUUUGGCAUGUGUAUCGACAUGAGCAGGGAUGGAAGAUUCACAGCAAGUGGGCAUGAGAAUGGCGGAGUGUAUGUGUUCAACAACGACACAGGCAGGAUGCUCUACUCAUUACCCGGCCUUGUGAUGCCGGUCCGGACGGUAGCAUUCUCUCCCGCAGGUACACGACUUGCUGCCGCUGGAGACGCCCGUGUUAUUGCAUUAUAUGAUGUCCAACAUGGCGAGCAAGUUGCAAACCUUACCGGUCACUCUGCAUGGAUCUUCUCGGUUGACUGGAGUGAUACCGGAGAGUAUCUCCUCAGUGGGGCUUUCGAUGGAAAGGUCAAAGUCUGGUCUAUUGAUCAAAGAACUUGUGUGGCUACACAUAGUGAGACAGAGAAGACCCUCUGGUCUGUCAAAUGGCUACCGAAGACAGGAAGAAGUGAAGCAUUUGCUACGGCCGGAGCCAACAGGAGUAUUUCGUUCUACAGAGAAGCAACUGGAGGUUAGGAGUCUUUCGCCUAGCAAUACGUGGAAGAUGACUUUCAACCCUUGGCAAGAGACCAUAUGUUUCUGCACAGCACAGAGAGUUGCUGGCAGAGUUAGCUAGAUGCUCAACGACAUACUGGCCAUAAUAAGGACCGAACGAACGGACAUCACAUAUCAAACUGCUUUUCGAGGAUACACAUGUGAUAUAAAAUCAAAUUUAAAGUUGCUUGCAGGGAUAAGCUCUUGGUACCUGACUAGGCCGUAUUCAGUAGCCAAGAGCCAAG